GCUGCCCUCUCAGUAGGCUAUAACCGUAUCAACUGCAGUCAAUUCUCCAGAGCUCGUGCUUGGACGAUUGUGUCGCUUCCUCUUACUUUCUAGGACCAGAGUUUUCUCAGGGGAAGUUGGCAUAAAGUUUCUUUCGUCAUUAUUUAAUUAUCGCGAGAGCCUUCAACCCUGAGGGUGUACGAACAAAGUGUCCACUGACCACUACCGAACGAGGGACAAACACACACUGUGGCUUGGUCCCUUUACACCCCGACUUCUGCCCAGGAAGCGUACGAAACAGUGAGGGCGACGAUGGAGUACCCCCGGAGACUUCACUUCAUUUGUUUACUUAUUCUUUUAAUUUAUAACGUUCAUGGCUUCGACACGAAUCAAGUAUCAAUUCCUACAGAGAAAUUACUUGUGCUUACUGUUGCCACACAAGAAACUGAUGGCUUUCUUCGCUUCAUGCAGUCAGCAAACUAUUUCAACUAUACUGUGAAGGUGCUGGGGAUGGGAGAGGACUGGAGGGGGGGAGACGUGGGCAGGUCUAUCGGUGGUGGGCAGAAAGUCAGACUACUGAAGGAGGCCAUGGAGGGCCUGGCAGACCAAGAGGACCUGGUGGUCUUGUCAGUGGACAGCUAUGAUGUCAUUUUUGCCGGCAGCCCCGAAGAGCUUCUGAGGAAGUUUCAGCAGGCCAAUCACAAGGUCAUGUUUGCUGCCGAGGGCCUGAUUUGGCCAGAUAGGAGGCUCGCAGAGAAGUACCCGUCUGUUCGCAGUGGGAAGCGCUUCCUCAACUCUGGAGGAAUCGUUGGAUACGCCCCGUACAUCAACCGGCUCGUUAAACAGUGGGACCUGCACGAUAACGAUGAUGACCAGCUCUUCUACACCAAGCUUUACGUGGACCCUCAUCAGCGGGGGAGUCUGAACAUGACCCUGGAUCACAAGUGCCAGAUUUUUCAGAACUUAAACGGAGCGAUUGAUGAGGUUAUGCUGAAAUUCGCAACCGACAGGGUACGUGUGAGGAACACCAUGUACGACACACUCCCCGUGGUCGUCCACGGCAACAUCAACACCAAGAUUUACUUGAACUACUUGGCCAACUACAUACCCGAUGCCUGGAACUAUGAGCAAGGCUGUGGCAACUGCGACCAGAACAUGGUGGACUUGUCUCAGGCCAACGAAUACCCGAGUGUGACGGUGGGGGUGUUUAUCGAGCAGCCGACCCCUUUCAUGCCUGAAUUCUUCCAGAGACUUCUUGACAUGGAUUAUCCGAAAGAUAAACUGAACGUCUUCAUCCACAACAACGAAGUUCAUCAUGAGAGACACAUCCAGAGAUUCUGGGAAGACAACAAGAACACGUUUGCGAGCUUUAAGGUCGUAGGGCCAGAAGAGAACUUGAGCGAGGGCGAGGCGAGGAACAUGGGCAUGGAUUCGUGUCGGAAGGACGCACAGUGUGACUACUACUUCAGCAUAGACACAGAUGUGCAGCUGACCAACAAGCAGACCCUGAAGAUCCUCAUUGAACAGAACAGGAAAAUAAUUGGUCCCCUUGUCACUCGCCAUGGCAAACUGUGGUCCAACUUCUGGGGAGCCCUGAGCUUGGAUGGUUAUUAUGCACGAUCGGAGGACUACAUUGACAUUGUGCAGGGCAAGCGUGUUGGUGUGUGGAACAUUCCAUUCAUGGCGAAUAUUUACCUGGUGAAGGGUGAGGUGCUGCGUACAGAAAUGAAGGAGCGAAACUACUUCGUUCUGGAGAAACUGGACCCUGACAUGGCACUCUGCCGAAAUGCCAGGGAGUUGACGAGACAGAGAGAAAAAGACUCUCCUUCUCCGGAAUCAUUCCAUAUGUUCAGGCCGCCCCAGGGGAUUUUCAUGUACAUUACAAACCGCCAAGAGUUUGGAAGACUGAUAUCCACCGCUAACUAUAACACCACGCACAGAAACGGUGACCUGUGGCAAAUCUUUGAGAACCCUGUGGAUUGGAAGGCGAAGUACAUUCAUCCAGACUAUGUACGCAUCUUCUCUGAGAACCAACUGGAGCAGCCGUGUCCAGAUGUCUUCUGGUUCCCCGUGUUCACAGAAACAGCCUGUGAUGAGCUGGUAGAGGAGAUGGAAAGCUUCGGCACAUGGUCUGGAGGCAAGCAUGAGGAUAAGCGCAUCACAGGAGGCUAUGAGAGUGUGCCCACAGAUGACAUACACAUGAGGCAGAUCAACUACGAGAAGGAGUGGCUGCACUUCAUCCGCGAGUUCAUCGCGCCCGUCACGCUCAAGGUCUUCUCUGGCUACUACACAAAGGCCUAUAGCAUCAUGAACUUUGUGGUGAAGUACACCCCGGGAAGGCAAUCCUACCUUCGGCCCCACCACGACUCCUCCACGUUCACGAUCAACAUCGCUCUCAACAGCAAAGGAACAGACUUCCUGGGAGGAGGCUGCCGCUUCCACAGGUAUAACUGCUCCAUAGACGCCCCCAGAAAAGGCUGGAGCUUCAUGCAUCCAGGCCGGCUGACUCACCUCCACGAGGGGCUACCCACCACCAAUGGCACACGCUACAUAGCAGUAUCAUUCAUCGACCCUUGAACCUCGUCUCUCUUUUGACUGGUAUUUCUAAUGGAAUCUUCAUGAAAAUGUUAUGUGAGUGUCAUUUUAUGUGGCUGUUUUUGUUUUCUUUUCUUUUUCAUUUUUUCAUUUAUUUCUACUGCUGCAAUUUACUGUAGGAAUUCACGGGAACGUUGCACCCACAACCACACAGACACAUACAUGUUUCCAACCCAUCCCAUUCAUUACUGUCUGUUUCAACAUGUGUUCAACAACGCAAGAGAAAGAGGAUUCUCUUGUCAUCACGGUUAGUCUUUCGGGCAACAUUUGUCAAUGCUUCAUUCAAUACCAACAACCGAGAGAUGACAGGUCACCCACUAAUGGCUGUAGCAUAUACAUCUCCAUUUGGCAUGAAUAACGAAAAGUUGAAAAGUUCAACUGCUGUUGAGUCCACAGAAAGGCUUGCCAGUUUUAUGUAGUUUUGUUUUGAUUUUUUUUUUUUUAGUUUUCUUUUGUUUGUUUUGCGGUUUCAUGUUUGAAGUCGUAACUGAUAUUCCUUAUGCUCGCUGUCUAUUUCCUGUUUUUUUUUCACUGAAGAGAGCAUUGUUGCUUGUCUGUAAAGAGAGAAUUGUUAUAUUUUUGUAAAUUUGCACAGCAGUAAAAAUACACAUGACAGCAGGAUUUAAUAUGAAUUCUGUUUGAAAAGUUCAAUUACAAGCUUUUACUUGAAAUGUUUUUCAUGACAACAAAUACAAUUAAGCCCUUUGAAGGUUUCUGAACUAAAAACAUUUAGGAGAUGCUUCAUGUUUACUUUCUCUGAAAGUUGUUGUAUGAAUGAACUUUGAGCCUCAUACCCGUGGAAUCUCUUAACUUAUUUUCCAGAUGGAUGAAAUGGAUGAAAAAAAUAAAUAUUUUAAACAAA